CGUUCACUUAGACGUUGCUCCCACACAUUACAGCAGCGUCCAGGAAUGAGGACACACUUAGUUUUGGAGAAAAGGACUAUGUGAAGCACUUAAGAGCUGCAAAGCAGGAAGAACAGCUUUAUGUGUGUAUGAGUUAAAGUGGUUUUAGUUAAUAAGUAACAGUCAACUCGGGUUCAAAGGUUCAGUCGCAUGGGAUGCUGGGAAAACUUCCUUCGGUGGCAGAGAUACAAUAAGAACUCCCUGACUGCCAUUUUUAAGCGUUCUUAGCUGAAUUUCUGCUAUUAUCUGUUUUAAAAGUUAGAAGUAUCUGAAAUGGGAAAGAAGCAGGCACAUACAGGGCCGCUGUCUAGACGUCCGGAUAAUUCAGCGUUUAAGCAGCAAAGGUUACCAGCUUGGUCUCCGUCUCUCACAGCACAGACUGUCCUGCCAACUUUCUACAUUUUAUCUCUGGUGUGUUUGCUACUGGGAAUCUGGCUUCUCAUCACAGUUGAGAAUACGUACCAGCUGAAGGUGGACUACACAAAUGCUGGGUCGUGUAAGCAAUGCUUUGAGUUACGAAAAAAUGCCACCAAUGCCAGGACCACCUGCGAGUGCUCAGUCAACUUCAGUGUUCCACAUUUCUUUAAGGGUGAUGUAUUCUUUUACUACGGUCUGAGAAACUUUCAUCAGAACCUGCGGAGGUACAUGGACUCCCGUGACGAUGCACAGAUGGUGGGGAGGAAAAAAAACGUGAAGACACCGAGUUCGUACUGCGCUCCAUUCGAUUACGAUGCAAACGGAGUACCCAUUGCCCCCUGUGGCGCUGUGGCCAACAGCAUGUUCAAUGACUCAUUUUUAGUGAUGUAUCAUCCUACUAAUGGACUGGCAGUGCCGGUUCCACUCUAUAGGAAGGGCAUCAAUUGGUACACAGACAAAAACGUGAAAUUUCGUAACCCUCCAACCAACGACACAUUUACACUUCAACAGGCCUUUGAAGGCACGACUCAACCUUUAUUCUGGCAGCGGCCUGUCUAUGAGCUGGACCUAAGUGACCCCUUUAAUAAUGGCUUCAUAAAUGAUGAUCUGAUUGUAUGGAUGAGAGAGGCAGCCUUCCCUAAUUUUAAAAAGCUUUAUGGGGUUCUCAAUCGUGUUCACAGUCCGUUUACUGAAGGCCUGCCUGCUGGCAACUACAGCAUCUCUAUCAAUUACAAUUUUCCUGUUGAGUACUUCAGAGGUCGAAAGGAGCUUGUGGUCUCCAUGGUGUCCUGGUAUGGGGGGCCGAAUUACUUUCUGCCCAUAGCAUACCUAGUGACCAGUGGACUGACCCUGGUGGCAGCUAUCUUACUCACAACGGUGUAUGUUAAAGUAGGCAAAAAAGGCAAGAACAUGGAGGAAUAAUUUACAAGGAAAAUGCAUGUCAAAGUGAGUGGUAAUGACAGACUGUACAGAAAAGACUCUUUAACUGAGAUGUUAAAUGGAGUUGAUUGCAGGGUAUUUUAUUUUAAGGUUUACAUAUCAGCCUUACACACCAUUAAGUUUGGAUAUUUAACUGUAAUUGUUUGCAAAAUCUGAUGACCAAAUCUUAUGAAGUGCUACAUUUACAUGUAUUCACUAAGAAGAUGCUUUUAUACUAUCCAAAGUGGCUUACAAAUGAGAGAGCAUUUAACACUGUUUGAUAAUACUCAAUACAAUGCAACUUUCAUUUUCAGUGUGACAAAAAAACCCUAAAGGUAACACUAUAUUCCACAGUAUUCCAGCAGGGGGCAUCUUUGACAAUAUAUCAAACACUGAUUUGAAUACACAAACACCAGUAGGCUUUAUGCCCAGCUGCACUACUUCCUGCACUACCUUCAGCCAGCUGCUUGUUUCCUGUCUUCCAUUAUUGGACAAACUGAUUCAUCCAGGAUUAAUCAGUUUGUUUGUGACUACUGAGGUCAGGCACACCUGGAUUAAUCAGUUUGUCCAAUAAUGGCAGACAGGAAAUAAGGAGCUGGCUGAAGUUCAGAAAGUAGUGCAGCUGGGCAUAAAGCCUAUUCCCUAUUAAACACAGUUUUUGAUUAUUUCACAGUUUACACUGCAAUGCUAUUUUAAUUUAAAUGUCAAUUUAAAAGAAAAUGUUGUAUUAGAAUGUAUUAGUUUACAUGCUUUGGUCAUAUACAUUGUUCUGCAACACUCCAAAUAGUUUACAUUAGUUGGCCAGUGACAAAGGGUACCUAUAACACGCUUGUCAUCAGUCAUGUACUCAUAUUCACAGUUUCUGCUACACAACAGAAAAUCAGGAACAUUUUCAAACUGUAUAAAUUUCUUUGUUCUGAUGAAUAAAAGGAAGAUAUUUUGUCAGGUUUGGAGCACCAUUUACUUAAAUAGAAGGAUAAAAAUACUAUGAAAGUCAAUGGUGUUUCAAAACUCUUUGGUUACAAAUUGGCUCAAACUAUCUUUGAUUGUGUUCAGCAGAACAAAUAACUUUUAAAAGGGCGAGUCAACCUUUAACCUCCUAAGACCCGAGUUUCGGUUUGUCUUUUUUUCAGAUUUCUUCCAGCUAUUUGGGGUUAGGAAGAACCAUUUAAUAUAAUAACCAAAUAUUUUUCUUUGAACACGAAGCCGUGUAAUUGUCCAUGUUUCUGUACAACAGGUUCCAGUUACACUUAAGUAUUGUGGUGCAAACAACAAAAAUGUGUCUUAGGAGGUUAAUCUUAGGUCUAUCAAGCUGACACUUAAUUCAAAACAGUUUUAUACAUAGCACUUAUCUUGUCAUGAUCUUAUAUUAAAUUAAAAAGAUACAAAUUUAAUCUGUUUUUUGUACGGUAUGUGUGCCAAAAAGUGAAUAAAAGUGAAUUAAAAACA